CUGGCACUGUCAAUGCAUUAGCAACAAUGGCGUCCUCCCAUCAUCCGACUAAAGUUACCACUUUAAUGCCGAAAAAGGAAGAUGCAACCACCUCUGAGACUAACAAGAGACCUGCUGCCGGUGAUGAAGUGCAAGAUACAGGAAUUCCAAGCAGUGAUGUUGGACGUAGAAGCCGACGCAAACGUGCAAAGGUUGAAUAUAAAGAAAUGGAUGAACAUUUAGCUCACAUUUCUGAAGAUGAAUUUUAUUCUGAAGAAGAAAAAAAAGAGAAAAACAAAGAUGUGAAACCUAAAGAAAAGGAAAAAGAAUCCAAAGAGAGUAAUACUAAAGACAAGGAAACGAAAGAAAAAGACACAAAACCUUCAAAUUCAAAGGGAGAUGAAGAAGUUGUUGCUGAAGAAAGUGACCAUUCAGCUGAUGAUCCGUCAGGACUUGAGGGAGCUGCGUUUCAGAGCAGGCUACCAGUAGAUAAACUAACUGCCCAAGAAGCUGCCGCCUUUCCAGACAUUGUUCAGGGCCCACCUCAGUCCCAGAAAGUAUUCCUUUAUCUCAGGAAUAGAAUUUUGCAGCUGUGGUUAGAAAAUCCAAAGCAGCAAUUGACAUUUGAAGCAGCACUUCAAGAUAUUGAGCCACCAUAUAACAGUGAUGGACAAUUGGUUCUGAGAGUUCAUGCAUUUCUAGAGCGUUACAGUUUUAUUAAUUUUGGAAUCUACAAGAGAUUGAAACCACUUCCAGCCAAAAAGAACUGCAAGGUUAUCAUCAUUGGUGCUGGCAUUGCAGGAUUAAGUGCUGCUAGACAGUUACAGUCUUUUGGGGUUGAUGUUGUCAUUUUAGAAGCAAGAGAUAGAGUGGGUGGAAGGAUACAAACUUUUAGAAGAGGAAACUAUGUUGCAGAUCUAGGGGCUAUGGUUGUGACUGGACUGGGAGGGAACCCUGUGACUGUGUUAAGCAAACAGAUCAACAUGGAGCUACAUAAAAUCAAACAGAAAUGUCCACUUUAUGAAAGCAAUGGAUGCACUGUGUUGAAAGAGAAGGAUGAAAUGGUUGAGAGAGAGUUUAACAGACUGCUGGAAACCACUUCAUUUCUGUCACACCAGGUCAACUUUAAUGAAAUUAAUGGUAAACCUGCAUCAUUGGGACAAGCCUUGGAGGCUGUUAUCAAGUUACAAGAGAAACAUGUGAAGGAUAAACAGUGUGAGCACCAGAGAAGUAUCAUUGAAAUGCAAGAAAGACUCAGGAAAUGUCAAGCACAGAUGCUAGCUCAGCGGGAUAGAGUGCAAGAGCUACAUAAGCAAUGGAAAGAGGCAUCUGAUGUGAAGCCACCAAGGGACAUCACUGCUGAAUUCCUUGUCAAAAGUAAACUAAGAGAUCUGAAUGCUGCAAUAAAAGAAUAUGAUCAACAAACUGCCAAACAAAAAGAAAUAGAAGAUAAACUUCAUGAACUGGAAGCUAAUCCACCAAGUGAUGUGUACUUGUCAUCCAGAGAUCGCCAGAUUUUAGACUGGCACUUUGCCAAUUUAGAGUUUGCUAAUGCCACACCUUUAUCCAAUCUCUCUCUUAAACACUGGGAUCAAGAUGAUGACUAUGAGUUUUCAGGAAGUCAUUUAACAGUAAGAAAUGGUUACUCUUGUGUUCCCACGGCCAUUGCUGAAGGUUUGGACUACAAGCUUAAUACAGUUGUCAAACAGAUCAAAAUAUUAGAGAAAGGUGUAGAGGUAGUGACCACAGCUAAAAAUGGAUCUAAUCAGCAGACCUAUAAAGGAGAUGCUGUCUUGUGUACACUUCCUCUUGGAGUACUGAAGGAGUGUAUCAAUACUGUUCCUAAUGUACCCCAUUUCAUUCCUCCACUUCCAGACUGGAAAGCUGAUGCCAUAGCUAGACUUGGGUUUGGGAAUCUCAAUAAGGUUGUUUUAUGCUUUGACAGAGUUUUCUGGGACCCCAGUGCUAAUCUUUUUGGACAUGUAGGAAGUACCACAGCAAGCAGAGGGGAACUAUUUUUAUUUUGGAACUUGUACAAAGCACCUGUCCUGCUGGCUCUUAUAGCUGGGGAGGCAGCAGCCAUAAUGGAAAAUGUCAGUGAUGAUGUUAUUGUUGGUCGCUGCCUUGUAGUUAUGAAAGGAAUCUUCGGGGCUAAUGCUGUACCACAGCCUAAAGAAUCUUUAGUUUCAAGGUGGAGAGCGGAUCCAUAUGCAAGAGGAUCUUAUUCUUAUGUAGCUGCUGGAUCAUCAGGUAAUGAUUAUGAUCUCCUAGCAUCGCCCAUUGCUCAUCCUGCUGGUGCCCCAGCCCGGCUUUUCUUUGCUGGUGAGCAUACCAUACGGAAUUAUCCAGCCACAGUUCAUGGCGCUAUGCUCAGUGGCUUCCGUGAAGCUGGUCGUAUAGCUGACAAAUUCCUUGGGGCUCCAUACUGUGCUCCUCAGUCUAAGCCAAAUAUUAUUGUUGUUCCAGAUGCUUAGAAAUACUGAUCUAGCAUUAUAUGUUUUAUUACAUUGGUUGUCAAAUUAACAUUUAUGUGAUCAAAGAGAGCAACUUCCUACGAGAAGAAGCUUUAAAAUGAGAAUAGUAUUGGUACUGUUACAAAUUAUCGUGCUGGAAGUAAAGUUUCAACAUUGAAAUUGAUUCAAUGCUGUUUUUUUUUUUUUGGUUUUGUUUUUAAUGAACAUGCUACUUGCAUUAGUUAGUUUGAAAAAAGAAGUCUUUUAUUCUUCAGAAAUAAAUGACUUACAUUGAUUUUCAGCAUGCAUUUUGUAGAACACAUGUUAGUAUUAAAGUAUAGCAGUAACAUGCUUUUACAUGACUAAUGAAACUAGAAUUUUUUUAUUUUUUUUUUAAAUUCUAGUUUUGACAGAAUAGAAAUCUCAUUUUUUUUUUUAAAUGUACUCUAUUAGAUGUUUCUGUUUGAUUCAGUGAAGCAUCCUUUAAAGUGAAAAUUUAUACUUGCACACGUCUGUAGUUUAAAAAAAUCUUUUCAUGCAUCUAAAUGUAAAUUAUGUACAAAUUAUUGAAUCUUUCAUUUGUUUUAAAAUGAUGUUUAUCUCUUAUUGUUGUACAUUAGUUGUCACUGCCAAAGUUUGUUGAUCAAUGUGAACAUAUUUUGUUAUGAAUUGUGUAAGUUGUAUUCUUUUAAAUUUAUAUGUCUCUAUGCUUUCUCAACAGUUCACAUGAAAUUCAUGUAAACUUAGUUGAACUUUGAAUGGAUUUAUUAACAUUGACAAAAAUUAAAAGCAUUUUGAUUUA